AUGAAUGAAGAUGAACAAUCUUUAAAACAACCUAAUCAACUAAGAGAAAAACCUAGAGGUAGUAUUGAAUUUGUUCCUGCAGGAAUAAACAGAAAUGACCCUGUUAAAGUUGAUGAAAAGUCUCAUUAUGUUGUCACUCUUCCUAAUGAAAUAAGUCCUAGUAAAAUUUGUACACGUUGCCAAGAAUAUAUUUCAAGUGAAAUGUCAAGUUUUAAGAGUGAUUUAGCGAAUUUAGUCGACUGUGGGUUAAGUCAAUAUUAUCAAGGCAAUGGGUUAAAUGAAGACAAUGAGAUAUUUAGUGACGAUGAUUGUGAUUUUAGUAUUGAUAAAGAAAAAUAUUUGUAUCUUGUCAUAAACUCUAAAAGAGAAUUUAUGUCUAAUUUUUAUGCAGAAAAAGGAAGGACGGUAAAUGGUUCCAUGAGAGCUAAAGUCAUUCAAAUGCUCAUGGAAGAAAAUUGUCAUGAAACAGAUUUUGUCAUUGACCAAGUUGUAGCGAUUUUUGAUCAUUUUUUAGCUGUAACACCAAAUUUUGCAGUGUUUGGUAUUUUAUUUAUUUUAAACAAUAUCAGUAAUAUUGACUAA